GCAUUGUUCACUGUCCACGACCUUUCUUCUUCAAAACCUCUGACACUCUCCCCCUUUUUCACUUCCCUUCUUCAACCCUUUGGGCCCAUCAUAAACCCCUUUUCCUUUUUUUUUUUUUUUUUUUUUGUUUAAGACAAAUCUAAAUUUGCAUUUUAGACCGGGAAAACAAAAAUCACGCAUAACAAAGCAAUGAAGUAGAAUUAGUACAAGAAUUUCAAACAUGAAUAACACUUCUUUUUUUUUCUUCUCUAUAUCUUUGUUUACUGAAACUUCUGACAAAAUUCACAAAUCUCCAUAAACAUCACUCAUCUCAAUACAUAAUGUUUCUUGAAUUGGGCAUGUAAAAACAAAUAAUUUUCGAGCUUACUGAUUAUUAUUAUUAUUAUUAGAGUAAAAACAAACAAUUUUGUCUACAAACUUCCAUAGAUCAGAGAUUCGAUUGAUUUUGUUGCCCCCGCAAAUUCGUAUGGGCGGUCAAGAUUCAACCCCCUCAAUUUCAAAGGUCAGAUUUUUAUCCCCUCCUAAACCCCUCCUACCUUUCUUUUACUACUACUUUUUACUUUUUACUAGUACUAAUACUUGCCAAAUUUAAAGUCAUUGUUUUCCCUUUUCACUUGGGAUUUGGGAUUUUUUGCAUUCUUUUCACAAUGCAAUUUUGCAAACAGGUAAAGAGAUGACCGGAGGCGGUGGAAAAGUUACAGUUAUUAAAGGGGCUAUAUGGCUUGAGGACUGUUUGGUUAUUCUUGAUUUUGUUUUUGUUGUUGUUGUUGAGAUGGGUUGUAAUGAGUCUAAAUCGGUGGAUACAGAACUUGUAAUUCGUUGUAAAGAGAGGAAAGAACUGAUAAAGGCUGCUGCUAAUUACCGUUAUGCACUUGCUGCUGCUCAUGUUUCCUAUUUUCAUUCACUUAAGGAUGUUGGCGAAGCACUUAGGAAGUUUGUUGAUGAAGAGCUUAUUGUUGGUUCUUCAUCUUCUUCCCUUUCUACGCCUUCUUCUCCUUCUUUAGUAUUGCCUGGUGAAAGGAAAAUUGCUGGUGGAACUCAUCAUAAGCAUAAGUCUUCUGGAUCUUCCAUAUCUGUUUCGUCUUCUAGUUCUAUUUCGCGUUUCCAUGAUGAAGAUGAACCUGUCCACGGCCACCUGCAUUUGUCAUCAGAUUCAUCUGAAGAGGAUGAUCAGGAGCAUCUACAUAUGCCCCAAAAGGGUCAUAGGAAUGUACAUAAACAUGAUGAGCCUUCGACUUCAAGGGGUCGUGGGAAUGCUCAUCAAGAUUACGAGGGUGGAAGAGGUCAUGGCAAUGUACAUGAAGACUAUGAAGGUAGAAGGGGUCAUGGGAAUGCAAAUCAACAUUACGAGGGGAUUCAUAUGGUUGAAGGUGGUGAACAAUCAAUUUCACCAUAUCCACAACCAGGUUGGUGGCCGGGGCCGAGGCCUGGGGGAUUGCCAUAUGGGAUGAUGAUGAAUAAUGAAGCUCCGCCACCACAAGGAUUUUGGGAUCCAUUUUAUGGAAUGAAUCCACAAUUUCAAGCUCCUUGGACAGGAGGACAACAAUAUGGUGGAAAUCCAAACACGUAUGCUUACUACAUGAAGAAAUCUUCACCAGUGAUGAAAACAGUAUUUCAUGAAGCAGAUCCAGUGCCUACUGGGUAUUCCAAUUUGCAUUGGAGCUACCCAAAUGAAAAUGGUGGGUAUGGCUACCCAAAUGGAAGUGGUGGGUAUGGCUACCCAAUGGCUCCUCCAUUUGGUGAACGGGGCAAUCAGAGUAAUCAAGGUAAGAAACCAAGUCCACCUAAGGAGCCACCGCCGCCUCCGGCACCCAAGGCCUCUGCGUGGGACUAUUUUAAUCCGUUUGAUGCUUUAGAUAGUGGUUAUAUGGGCUACUUUCCGCAUAAACAGAACAGUUCUGCAUCAGUUAGUAGUAGUCCUAAUUCAACUGAAGUGAGGGAGAGGGAGGGCAUUCCUGAUUUGGAAGAAGAAACCGAGACUGAGAUGUAUAAGGAGUACCAUAAAGGAAAGAAAUUGAGUGAUGAGCCAAAGACAAAGCGCGCGGAAGCAAAUUCAUCCAGAAGUAGUGACAGUGGCAGAAAAUCUAUGCCAUCAGUGCCUCAUGGCAUUGAUUUAAGGGGUGUAGCAGGACACAGUAGUAUGGGCAGUUCAAAACCAGAUUCGUCAUUACAUAAUUUGGAUGGCUCAUCAAGUUCAAAGGGAGUAAAAUCUGAGGGUAGUGGUGGCAGGAUGAAACCGAUAUCAACAAUGUACGAUUCAGGUUCUCACUAUUCGACUGCAGAACCAUCACAUAGUAGUGGUGGCAGUACAAAGCCAAUAUCAACAAUGUACGAUUCAGGUUCUCACCUUUCGAGUGCAGAACCAUCACAUAGUAGUGGCGGCACAGGUUCAAUUGACAUUACUGAGGAAAAAAGCAAUUUUGAAACUCUCGUUUCAGGAAGCCCAGAAGAUGUGCAUAUGAAGAAGAAAGGGGUGACCUUUGAGGUGGAUGAAAUGUCAAAGAAUGAGAUUGAAUCACCCAGGUCAAGUAGCUUGACCACAUCACAUGCUCAGGGCACCAGGGAUCUACAUGAGGUUGUUGCUGAAAUUCGAGAUGAAUUUGAGAUUGCUUCUAGUUAUGGAAGGGAGGUUGCUUUGAUGCUUGAGGUUGGAAAGCUGCCUUACCAGCCUAGCUUUGUUAAAGAGCUCCUAUCCAGGAUUCUAUACCUGAUUGUUCCAUCCAUGUCGGUUUCCCACACGGCGACAGUGCAGACAGUAAAGCUGGCUGCCAAAACAAGAAAGUUGGCGAAAUCCUAUUUCGGAGAUGUUGGCCAAGACAAUUCUGUGAAGCCUUGUAACCUGUCAUCUACGCUGGACGAGCUAUACGAAUGGGAGAAGAAACUAUAUAAGGAAGUUAAGGAUGAAGAAAAACUGCGGAUCAUAUAUGAAAAGCAGUGCAGAAGGCUGAGGAGUUUGGAUGAGCAAGGUGCUGAGUCUAGCAAGAUAGAUGCUACUCAGGCAUCUAUCAGAAAAUUGCUGACAAAACUUAAUGUCUGCAUAAAAGCAAUCGGUGCAAUUUCCAGCAGAAUUCACAAGUUAAGAGAUGAAGAGUUGCAACCCCAAGUUGGAGAAUUAAUCCACGGGCUGGUAAGAAUGUGGAGGUCAAUGCUCAAGUGUCAUCAGAAGCAGUUUCAAGCAGUGAUGGAGAGUAAAACAAGGGCACUCAGAGCAAAUACUGGAUUUCAAAGAGAUUCGAGCUUGAGAGCUACUCUUGAACUUGAGGUGCAGCUUUUGUCAUGGUGUAACCACUUCAAUGAUUGGAUUUGCAGUCAGAAGUCCUAUGUAGAAUCCUUAAAUGGCUGGCUUCUACGAUGCCUUAAAUAUGAGCCAGAAGAAACUCCUGGUGGACCUGUCCCUUUUUCCCCUGGUCAUCUUGGAGCUCCUCCAGUUUUUGUAAUUUGCAAUGAUUGGAGUCAGGCAGUGGAGGCAAUCUCUGAAACUCGGGUAGCAAUUGCAAUGAAUGAAUUUGCUUCAAAUUUGAGGCAGCUAUGGGAACGACAAGAUGAGGAGCAGAGACAGAGGAUCAAAGCAGAAUACAUCUCAAAGGACUACAAGAAACGGCUAGCCAUGCUUCAGCAAAAGAGAGGGAGCUUGGAGCACGAGCAAGAUGCGAGGUCUGACGGAAGUCACAUAAUUGUCUCAUCUGAAAAAGGGAUUUCGCCAUUGGAUGAUCUAAAGGUGGACUUGGAUUCGUUCAAAAAGAAAUUAGUUGAGGAGAGAGCAAAGCACAAAGAUGCCAUUAAAUUAGUGCAUGAUGCAGCUUCAAGUAGUUUACAAGGGGGCUUACUUCCAAUUUUCCAGGCUUUGGAGAACUUCACUUCAGAAGCUCUGAGAGCGCAUGAACAAGUUAGGUUACAGAGUGUUAGAGAUAGUUCGUAGUUUCUCAAUUGAAUCCUAACCUUGUUUUCCUAUUUGGGAAAAAGAUGGUUUAAAAGAGUUGCGCCAUAUCAAAUGGAUCAGUCGCCGUGUCAUAUGGAUAUUACCAAGGUAGGUAGUAGCCAAACCUUGAAAGAGAGGUAAGAGUAGGGGAUUUCAUAUUUUUGACAUACACUGGUUAGACAUGUGGAUCGUUGCACGUGGAGGAUUGCUAUUUGAUGACGAGGUGGCUAGAAGAAGUGCAGCUUUUCAGAGGGUAACUUUAGCAUAUUUAACAGUUGGUCAUAUAGUUUCAGACUCGCCCUUUGACGUUAAUAGUAGGUUCUUGUACAGUUAUUCAUUUAUUUGUUUAUUGGGUCGUAUGGGUGGAUGAUCAUAUUCUUAGGGAGUUAAUGUUGCACUUGUGGUUUAUCAAGGUUGGGGAAGGGGUGCACCAUGGAAGUUGGAGAUUUUUAAAAUCUUGUGCCAUAUGGUAGAUGAUGAAUGAAAAUUUUGGCAAUGAUGCAGAAAAUAAACUAGUUCCGCCUUC